CUCUCGAUACGAACGCAGAGAGUUGCAUUCUUGGAUGGUUAUUUCACCUUGCUGCACUUGGGAGUUGGCGGAGGCUGUGAAGACGGCGGUACCGAGCACCAACAGUGCAAGUUUUCUAGACACUUUCUGUCGCCGAUUGAAGCAGCAGGCGAGAAAUUUGUACGACUGCUUUUGAGUUUGGAGCAGUGAAAAUGGAUUCGAUUCUUCAGCGACCACACCUCAUCGCCUACUUUGCCGGCACUAUAUUUCCUUUCACCUGCUUUUUCAGCUACAUUUUGGCGCUAGCUUUAAACCACAUCGGUCUAUGGAUCACUUACAUCAGCGACGCGAGCACAGACCCGCCAGUAAGUGGGGUUUUCGGAAUGUUGCUCACCUACUCCAUGAUUGCCUUUUUGGUUUCGACAUACGUCAGGAAGAAGUUGGUCGAAUGCGCGUGUGAGGAGAGGCCAGAAAUCGCCACCUCGAAAGUGCGGCUCGCCAACCAUGUGUCGGGGUGGCUGGCUCUCACGUCGGUCAUCUGCCUCAUUUUCGUGGCCCAUUUCCAGGUGCACACGACCAUGUUUUUGCACGGCACCAUGGCGUUCAUCGGCAUAGGACUCGGCGUCCUUUACUGCUUCCUGCAGGUGAUUUGCACAAGAGCAAUGAUUCCGUAUUACACAGCACCAUACCUGUUCUACCUGAGGCUCACUUUCACCAUAAUCAGCGCCGUCGCAUUUGUUUUUGGCGUAUUGUCUGGCCUCCUCUCCGUUUCAAAGUUCAAAGGAGACGCGCUGCAUAGGUGGGCGCCGGACGACGGAGGAUACGUGGAGCACGCGAUCAGUUCCGUGUGCGAGUGGAUUUUGGCUCUGGUCUAUGCCGGGUACAUGCUGUCUUUCGCGCACGAAUUCAAGAACAUCCGCAUCGGGUCAAUGAAGGUGGUUUUGGUCAGAUCGGCCGAGCACCAAGUGAAAAAUGGCCCAAACAGAAUCGAGGAUAUAUAAUUAAAUUACAGGAAGAAGGACUGUCGGGAGGAAACUUGAGCUGUUUUAAUCCAAGUUCAUAAAUAUAUCACAAACAAAUGUUAUUUAUAUACGUAUACACCCUAUUUAAAUAA